AUGGCACUUACAAUCUCUGCCAGUAGCGAACUCAGCACUAGUGUCUUUGGCACUAAUGUCGAUGAUGAGGUCUCACAGAUUUGGAAACAAGUCGAGAUCCGCGUUGUGCAAAUGGCAGGUGGAGAUUCCUCCAAGAUCAAACCGAACCUGGACAUUAACAGCGUCUUGCAACAUUUGGAUCAAUCCCAGUCCAGGGACAAGAAGGCAUCUGAGAAGUAUGGUACCGUUAAGAACAUUUUCAACCGCACGCUUCAGUGCAUCCAGACCGUUGGAGGCAUCGUUGCAGACGGGGCGUCAUACGUAUUCGCUCCAGCAGGUACCUGCUACAAUGCUCUCACCUUUGUAAUCCAGGCCUGGCAGGGUUACGAGGGUAUCUUCGAAAGCCUCGCUGGCCUUCUCGAGAAGUGUAUCGAGUUCCUGGAACGACUUACCUACUACACGGACUAUGGGAUGGAUUCAAAGCUCACCAAAAUUGCUUGUCAGCAUCUCCAGAUCUUUGUGGACAUCUGUGACCAUACCCUCAAGCUACGCUCAAAACGGAGCAAGUUUGCUGCCUUCAUGAAGCAGAUGUUCCUCAAUGACGAUGGUGUACAGGAACUAUUAGGUGCCAUGAAGAACCUUGUAGAAAAGGAGCAUGGGCUCGUAUCUGCACAGACUUGGAAGUCGAGUAACGAAGCAGCAGCCAACUCCAAGGACGGCCUCAAUUUAACCAAGAACAUGCACAACAGCCUGGUUGAUGACAGAAAGCAGAAACAACAUGAAAAAGAUAUAAACAACUGGAAGCUCAUCAUUGUCAACGCCUUGGAUUUGGACCGUACCAUAAUUGAAUCUGGUCGUGAGCCUUGGGAUAAGACGUGGAAAAGACACAAAAGCAACAUCCUCGAGGGCACCGGUGAGUGGCUCUUCCACGACACUCGCUUUACUCGUUGGAUUUCGGGCUCCGAAGACUCCAAGCGUAUCCUGGCUCUUGAGGGUGAAGAAGGGGCUGGAAAGACACUCCUUGCAUCCAACGUCGUUGUUCAUCUGCGCAAGAUGAAGGGCUCGGGAAAGAGAGUCGUUACUGCACACAACUUCCUCGAUAUCGAUACCAAAUCGACAACACAUGCCAAUGACGCCAACGUUAUCUCCAGACACGUUAUUUGUCAACUUGCACUGGCUGAGGAACCUGUCAUGAAGAGCAUGGCAGGCAUUUGUGAGAAAUCUCAAUCAUUCAGCAGCACAUUGGACAUGUGGACGCAGCUGCUCCUCGAGAACGAAGACCUGUCGGCCAUGGAUGUGACAUUUUACAUCGUACUCGAUGGACUUGGCGCCAAUGCUGAGGUUGUAAUCAGCUUCUUGCAAAGGUUCUCUGACAACCCUGUCAUACAAAGAACUCGCAUACUCUUGACAGGAAACAAGCAGCUAUUUGAUACUAUCAAUCUGGCUGGGGGAGUCAAAAUGGACAAGAUUGUACUUGGGGAUGCAAACAGCACAGAUCUUGUCUUAUACAUCAACAAGCGCAUGGACAGUAUGGAAAUCCUCAAAAACACGGCCAGGCCGGGUAUCUCUGAUCUGAGAUCCAAGAUCCUCUCAUCUCUACAGUCUUCUACGAGGGGGGACUACUACAAGGUCGAGAGAGUGCUCGACAGCAUCGCCAGAACAGACGAUGUCCAUGAAAUUGAUGCUCUGCUUCAAUCUGCUGGCAACGUACGACCCGACCAGAUUGAGUCGGAUAUCGAGAAGCUGAAUCAACAGCGUACGCCAAAAGAGAUCGCUGAGAUUAAUGAGAUGAUUCUUUGGGUCAACGAUGCCCGAAUCUGGUUCUCACCUGCCCAGAUUGAAGCAGCACUCGCCCUCAAGGCUGGUCCCAAUGCAAGCACGUCGCUUAUGUCAAUCGAGGCCAAAAUUGCGUCAAAAUACACCAUCUUUACCACCGACUCAGGUCUUGUGCAGUACAAACUUGGCGCUAUACAAGAGAUAAUCCCGCUCAAGAAACGAGAUAUCGUCGAUAGUGGAAGCUCUAGUGGCUUCAAAGAGAUCCAACCAGCUGAGGUUAGCAUUAUCAAACACUACCUCUCUACUAUUUGUCCAAGCGACCUGUACCAAAAGUUUGGAUUUGAUGAUUUCUUUGACUUAAAGAUGGCGCGCAAGGGGAACUACAUCUAUCGAGAUCCGGAUAACUCCCAAGCUUCCAUGGUCCUGCGCUGUAUAAACUGCCUCACCGAUCAGCGCUCUGAAAAGACAGAGCGUCUUUUGGACUACGCCUGUAGUAACCUCCACGUUCAUCUGAAGGAGACCGACCUAUCUCUGACAGACCGUUCUCUCAAGGCUCAAGUUGGUGAUGCUUUACUUAGACUGUUCACUGAGCCGUAUGCUCUCGACUCCUUGUUUGGAUUCCACUUGCUCCACGAGGAUGCGGAUGAAGUGCAGUUCUCUAAGAAUGAUCUUCCUGCUAGUUGGAAAACAUGGAUCUUAUCGGAUCAAGGAGUCAACUCGCUUACGAAAUGGCUCAAAGACUCUGCUGUCAUCGAGAAUAUCAAGAGCGCGCCACUAGUAGCUUUGUUUAACGCUCCUGAUGCCAACCGCCACUUGGCUCUAUUUAACCCCUCUGCAAAGGUAGCGGCUGAAGACUUGUUCACAAAGGAUACCACUCAGCGGGAGGCUAUUCGGGCCUAUAUACUACUUGAUACAAUUCUUAACAAGGACACACCAGCCACUGAGGAAAGUAAGGAAACAAAUGAUGGGGCUCAGUCAUCCGAAGCAGUCCCAGUAGAUGACAAGGAGAAGAAGACAGAAGACGGUGAAGAGGUCGAUUCCGUGCAUAGCCCGGCCUCAGCAGAUAUCCAAUGGUUAGAAGACUGGGCUCAGGAAAGGAUCAAAGUCCAGGAGAAAGGCCCAAAGUGGGAGGCUCAGGCAGCACUACUUCUCUCGUAUGUGGCAAGUGAGAAGAUUCCAAAGUCACUUGCAGAAGAGAGAGCACGAAAGGCACUCAGCAUGGAUCCAGAAAGUUGGGUCGCAUCCUACGCACUAUCCCGUGUCGUCGAAUCCAAAGAGGAGUCUCUCAGCCACCUUGAGAAGGUGCUCGAUACACUCGCGAAAGACACAGAAUGGCAAAACGAGCGAAGUCAUAAAGGAAUUCUAGCACGAGUCAUCUACACUCUUGGCGACAAGUACUGGGAAGAUGGGGAACGACAGCAGGAAGCUAUUGCGACAUAUUCCAAGGUAUUUGAUCUUGGUAUGUCCAUCCAUCUCUUCAGUGGCUUCUCGGAUGUUCUUCAAAAAUACUCAAUAGCCGGCUGCUGGGAACCCAUGAUCACUUUCUUUGAACGACUGCUUGAUGAGCCUCAAGAUGGCCCUAACGCAGCAGGAGAGUUCCUGAUGGACAGACUUCUGGAACCUGGUGAGGACUUCCUUUCUCUGCUCGUAAAGCUUUUUGAAACAUCCGCAAGAUACGAUCUUCUGGAAACACUAUUUGCCCGGGCUAUUGCAAAGGCCACUUCGAAAGGUGACCAAGACUACCUCUUCACAAUCCGAUACUACUACGGCAAGACUCUCUUCAGUAUCAAGGGCCACGAGGAAGCUGGCAUUGCAGUAUGGGAGCUCUAUAAAAGCGAGGCUACGACUGAGCUUCACGAGCGGGCUGUUAAUCUCAUCGAUACCUACAUGGUACCCGCAUGGCUAGAGCUUGCAACUUCCAAAGAUGUUGACCCAACAAGGGCUCAAGGCUUCUUUGACAAGAUUGAAGCAGCCUAUAUUGAGUUUGAGGCACUUGAUUCGCAUGAUAUCGAGCCUACGGUUGCUUUUGCGCAAUACUUCAGGUAUCGCGGUGACACCGACAAGGCAAAACAGAUACUGCGACCGCGUGUGACAGAAGCGCUGGAGAUGCUCUCAGAUGACCGCACUGACAAUGAUCUCUACUCAUUAUACAACCUAGGGCACAUAUUAGCGGUAAUGCGAGACCUUCCGAAUCACAUAGCCUGCAUGGACCUGAUGCGCCUAGCCCUGCGUAUCGCUAGGGAAGAGUAUAUCAAGGCAGUGGCGAAUUAUGAAGCAGAGGACAUCCAAAUGGAAAUCGCCAUGGCAAAAGGCGAGACGUUUAUUCGAAGCUAUCUCUCCUUGCCUGACGAGCCUGAGACAGCGAUUUUCUGGUGUGAUGGAUGUCGAGCCGAGAUCAGCUUUGCGAGCGAGAUUUGGACGUGUCUGAGCGAGAGUGGAAGUAUACAGCUAGAUGAUAAGUGCUACAGGAAGCUUAUGGAGGGGAGACUGGGGCCUGUGUGUAGUAAAGAUCAUGAGCACUAUUGGGUGCCGAAACGGAACAUGGAGGAGAUUGAUGCGGUACCAGUCGGCUCAGUUAAGCUAGGAGAUGAGAUCAUAUCCUUUGAGGCGUGGAAGGAUAAAAUACGAGACCAGUAUGUUGGUGUGGCAACCUAG